AUGUUCGGCGGAGGCUUCGGCGGAGGCUUCGGUGGACCCGGCGGACCUGGCGGACGCGGAGGCGGACGCCGCCGCGCACCUCGCCAACCAGAGCCCUACGACUCAGACGACGAUAUGAGCGACGGCAUGGAUCCAGGCAUGGGUCCAGGCAUGGGUCCAGGCAUGGGCAGGCGUAGGCCCGGUGGCAGAGAUCCUCGUAUGUUUGGCGGUAUGGGCGGUAUGGGAGGAGGCAUGGGGGGAAUUCAACGCCCUGGAGGCAUGGGAGGAGGAAUGGGCGGAAUGGACGGAAUGGGCGGAAUGGGCGGAAUGGGCGGAAUGGGUGGAAUGGGUGGAAUGGGCGGAAUGGGAGGCAUGCCAGGCAUGGGAGGUAGGCGACGCCCUGGAGGUAUGGGAGGCAUGGGAGCAAUGGGAAGCAUGGGAGCAAUGGGAGGCAUGGGAGCCCACUCGCAUGCCCAAUCCCACCAACCUCAUCAGGACGCCAACGGCGAAGAACUCAUCGGCGGUCGCCCUAUCUCGCGGAUCUUCUGGCAGCUCGAAAUCUCUAUGAUCCAUUGGACAAUCCUGAUCACGACAAGUACAUCGCGGACGGUAUAG